AUGGCGCGACGGUACGAGAUCGACGAGCUGUUAUGGCUCCGCGGCUCGCCCCUCGUCGCAAAGCCUCCCGGCCUGCCUCCAAUUGAAGAAUGGAUGCCCCAACCUGACCCAACAACCACACAACGCAAAGCCCAUGGCACCCGUGAUACCAACAACCCAACCGAGACUACUUCGAACAGAAGACCUAGCUUCUUUGAAGCUAAGCAUAUCUCUCGGGGAUCGAAUUCAGAAGACAUUGUGCUUGGCCCGCCAAAAACCGCCUUCGCUUCAUCUCGUAUUGGCGGCAAAGGCUCUCUCGAUUUGACGGACCGAUCAGCUCGCCCAAAUGAUUCGGAUGAUAUGAAGAAUGAGCGAUUCAACUUCAGAGAUAAAUUGUUCAAGGAUCGUGAUACCCCGGACAAAGAAGCAGAAAGACGGGAUGCGAAGGCAGGACCACUGACUGGCCGCCGUGGUGAGAGGGAAGACUGGAAUGCCGGGCGCCCCCGUCGCACAUUCGGCCCCGAUGAGCAGGAGCGCAAACCCAGACGAAACGGCGAAUUCGACAGAUGGGAAAACAAAGAAGGCCCUCGCGACCCCAAUGCUGAACGUGGCACCCGUGAUAAAGAUGGAAGAUUCCCCACUCGGAAAGAAGGACAACCACCCCCACGAUCCAAAUACGAAGGAAGCUGGUUCCGCGACGAACAUGCCCAAGAGGGGGGCGUUGAUGUUGAUGAUGACAAACAACCUCUGCGCAACCGAGAAUGGCGCCAGAACCAAACCCGACAUGGUACCGAACGUGAGUGGAACCGAGGUGCCAAAUUUGAACAAGAACCUGAAUGGUUGGAUGCCAAUGACCGAGACGAACCACGACGAGCACACACUCAGGAAGACUUUGAGCGCUGGAAAGAGCGCAUGAAGGCUGGAUCUGCAUCAUCCACCCAGCCCCCGACACAUGUCGAUGAGAAGAGAGAAGAGCAUGUCGAAGAGCAAAAGCCGGAGACUCGCCGUACUGAUGGUGAGAUUUUCAGCAAUUCUGGCGCUCAAUUCAUGUCGGACAAUUCGAUGGAACGCUUCUUCGGGCUCCUUGGCGAUUCGAAGGCUCAGCCUCAGACCCCAGAGAUCAGUACUCCUAUCUCCGCCGAUUCGGCCUCCAAGAAAGACUCCUUCCCUUUCCCUGGAAAGGCUGGCAAGUCAUCUCGUUUUGCGGGCCUUUUCAGCCCCAUGCCAGAAAGCCCUGCUAGAGAGUCGGAGCCAAUGCCUUAUUUCAAUGCUCCACCCCAGCAACAGCAACAACCUCAGGCGCCACCUGGGGGUAUGCCUUUCCCCACACACAAUGCGGAUCAAGCAGGUUUCCAGCGCAUUCUGGAGAUGCUCGGUGGACAACGUUCUCAAAAUGCCACGCCUCAGGACGCAGGUCUGCCGCAACAGCCACGGAAUGCUCCCAUGAUGCACGCUGAGCAACAACAUGCUGCCUUAUCUCUAUCAUCUCCUUCCAGAGAACCACCUCGCCGAGCAGAUUACAUGGGUCCUGGUCCUGAGAAUCCCAUGCCUCAAGCCGGCGCAAAGGACCCCCAGGCGCUAGAGAGAGCCCACUUGCUUCGUUUGAUGCAGCAAGUCCGAGUCGGCCCAUCGUCUGCGGGUAACCCAUCUCACCAGUCUCCCAAUCCUGGCAUUGCCCCUCCUCCAGGCCUAAUGCCAGAAGGCAUGCCACGCCCCCCGCCAGGGCUUUCUGUCCAAAAGACACCAGCCUUCCUCGAUGACCCGGCAAUUGCAAACAUGCAGCGACCGGAUAGCGAGCAGCUCCGCCGACGACCCGCAAACGGCCCGCCUAUGGGAUACUUUGACGAUAUGCCAUUCCCCCAGCUUAACCAAGGCCCUAUGACUCCCGGCGGUCCUAUGACUCCAGGCGGCUCGCGGCCUCAAGGCCCGAACCAGCCUCCCAUGCCUCUUCAACGACCUCCCGGUCUGGAACAUCUGCCUCCUCCUGGAUGGACUGGUCAGCCCAUCCCACAGCAGGGUAAUGUGCCAAACCCUAUGGGUCCCCCUCCAGGAAUACCCGGCCCGGGCCGUGUCUUCCCUCGAGGCCCACCUCCGGGCAUGAUGCCUCCUCCGGGUUACAUGAAUGGCCCUCCCCCAGGCUUCCCACCUAUGCAACCAAAUCCCGAGGCCAUGAUGGGACUUGGCCCUGGUGCCCAAGGCCCUUUUGGACCUGGCAACCCUGGCCCACAGGGCCCUCCCCCUUCGUCCCGCAACCUGCUGGAGAUGUUCGGCCAGCCCAACGGCGGUGACAUCCGUGGCGGCAUGGUUGGUCCCGGCCAGUUCAGGUAA